AUGACGCUGGAACCCUACAUGGAGCCCAAUGAGACCGAGGUGUCACAUCCGCAGAAGCGCAUACGUUGGGCAACACACCGCGCAACCGGCAUCAAAGCGGCCAACAAGCGACACUCGCUCAAGGAGCGCCUGCACCGGCGCAUAGGCUCUGGCGGCGAGAAGCGAGACUCGCUGGGCAAAGAAGGCGGGCCGCCGCUCGACCACGACCAGUCCCCUGAGAGUUCAGAUGCAGGCGCCGACCACGAAGACUCCGGCCGGAGAGUCUACUUCAACGUGCCGCUGCCCCAAACAGAGCGCGACGAAGAAGGCCAGCCCCUCGCACACUACGCCCGCAACAAGAUAAGAACCGCCAAAUACACGCCCCUCAGCUUCAUACCCAAGAACCUGUGGUUCCAGUUCCACAACAUCGCCAACGUCUACUUCUUGUUUAUCAUUAUCCUGGGCAUUUUCUCAAUCUUCGGCGCCAGUAAUCCUGCGCUGAACGCAGUACCCCUCAUCGUCAUUCUCGUCGUGACGUCCAUCAAGGAUGGAGUAGAAGAUUGGCGGAGAACCGUCCUCGACAACGAGCUGAACAACGCGCCCGUCCACCGACUCGUCGACUUUAACAACGUAAACACGGCCGAGGACUCGAUUUCGCUAUGGCGGAGGAUCAAGAAGGCUACCACCAAGGGCAUAAUCUCAACAUGGCGCUUGAUGAAGAACGCGAAGAACAAGAAGGGUGCAAAGGGCAAAGGCGGCGACGACAACGCUGUCGACGGCACGCGCCCCUCGCACGAGACCCGCAGAGCAUCCAUCGCAUCGCACAGGGAAUCCUACUUUGGCGGCGAGAACGACAUCCAGAUGACACCCGUGCCUUCACCGCUCCCAGGCCAGUCCCCAGCGCAAUCCCCUCCAUUGACUUCCGGGCCAGGAGAAGGAGACAAGAUCCGCGGUGCAGACGCCAAUCCCGGUGUGCAAAAGAAGUUCUGGGGAAGCGUCCUGAACCCGAACAAGACGGUCCCGGAAAAGGCACGUUUCAAGAAGGACGCCUGGAAGAACGUUCAGGUCGGCGACUUUGUGCGCCUGUACAACGACGAGGAGAUCCCCGCCGACGUCAUUGUUCUCUCCACCUCUUCCGACGACGGCGCGUGCUAUGUCGAGACGAAGAACUUGGACGGUGAGACGAACCUCAAGGUGCGCAACGCACUGCACUGCACCCGAGAAGUGCGACACGCUCGACACUGCGAACGCGCCGACUUCGUCAUCGAGAGCGAAGGCGCCCACUCGAACCUCUACUCGUACAGCGCAGCCAUCAGAUGGCAGCAGCACAAUGCAAAGGACCCUGAAGCACCGCCGUACGAGAUGGUCGAGCCUAUCUCUAUCAACAACCUCAUCCUCCGUGGCUGCCAACUUCGAAACACUGAGUGGGUGCUGGGCGUUGUCGUAUUUACCGGAGAAGAGACAAAGAUCAUGAUCAACUCUGGUAUCACGCCUAGCAAGCGAGCCAGGAUAUCAAAAGAACUUAAUUGGAACGUUGUAUACAACUUUUUCAUCCUGGCCGCCAUGUGUCUGGUUUCUGGAAUCGUGCUUGGGGUCACAUGGGCCCGGGACGACACCACCCAUUCCUUCUUCGAAUAUGGGUCCUACGGAGGUAACCCUGCCACAGACGGUGUCAUUGCGUUCUGGGCUGCCGUUAUUCUCUUCCAGAAUUUGGUUCCCAUUUCUCUUUACAUCACCUUGGAAAUCAUUCGAACGUUGCAGGCCCUCUUCAUCUACAGCGACAUCCACAUGUACUACGCAAAGCUCGAUUACCCAUGUACGCCCAAGUCUUGGAACAUCUCCGACGACGUGGGUCAGGUCGAAUACAUCUUCUCGGACAAGACGGGAACGCUCACACAAAACGUCAUGGAGUUCAAGAAGGCGACCAUCAAUGGUGUGCCCUACGGAGAAGCGUACACGGAGGCUCAAGCAGGUAUGCAACGCAGACAGGGUAUCAACGUCGAAGUGGAGGGUGCCAAAGCCCGCGAACAGAUAGCACGCGACCGUGUGCGGAUGCUCGAGGGGAUCCGCAAGAUGCACAACAACCCCUACUUGUGGGACGACGACCUGACCUUCAUUGCCCCGGACUAUGUCGACGACCUGCGUGGAGACUCUGGAAUGGAACAGAAGAGAGCCAACGAGGAAUUCAUGAUCGCUUUGGCCCUCUGUCAUACUGUUGUUACCGAACGCACUCCAGGCGACCCACCGAAGAUCGAGUUCAAAGCACAAUCGCCCGACGAAGCUGCACUUGUCGCCACUGCUCGCGACUGUGGCUUCACAUUCGUAGGCCGUGAAGACGACCGUCUCGUUGUCAAUGUUUUGGGAGAAGAGCGCAAAUACCAGGUUCUCAAUACUCUGGAAUUCAACUCCAGCAGGAAGCGCAUGAGCGCGAUCAUCAGAAUGCCCGACAACCGAAUCGUCCUCUUCUGCAAGGGAGCCGACAGCAUGAUCUACUCGAGAUUGAUCCCCAAUGAGCAGCGACAACUCCGUGCCGACACCGGUGAACACCUGGAAAUGUUUGCACGAGAAGGACUCCGAACACUGUGCAUCGCUCAAAGAGAGGUUUCCGAAGAGGAAUAUCAAGAGUGGAACAGGGAUUAUGACAUCGCUGCCAACGCUAUCCAGGGGCGUGAAGAUAAGCUGGAAGAGGUCUCUGAUCGCAUCGAAAACCACCUGUGGCUGAUCGGAGGAACUGCCAUCGAAGAUCGACUUCAAGACGGUGUGCCAGAGUCGAUUUCUCUCCUCAGUCAAGCUGGUAUCAAACUGUGGGUCCUAACGGGUGACAAAGUUGAGACAGCCAUCAACAUUGGGUUCUCUUGCAACCUACUCGAUAACGACAUGGACCUCAUCAUUCUCAAGGUUACCGAUGACAACAUCGGUUCCGUGGAAGCCCAGCUUGACGAGAAGUUGAAGAUCUUCGGCUUGGAAGGCUCUGAAGAAGAGCUAGCCGCCGCUCAAAACGAUCACGAACCUCCACCACCUACGCAUGCCAUCAUCAUUGACGGAGAUACUCUCAAGCUGGCUCUGGAUGAUUCGGUAAAGAGAAAGUUCCUUCUUCUGUGUAGGCGAUGCCGGUCCGUUCUCUGCUGCAGAGUCAGUCCCAGUCAGAAGGCAGCUGUCGUCAAUAUGGUGAAGACCGGCCUGGACUGUCUCACUCUUGCUAUCGGAGACGGUGCCAACGAUGUCGCUAUGAUUCAAGAAGCCCAUGUCGGUGUCGGUAUCGCUGGUGUUGAGGGACGCGCAGCCGUCAUGUCCUCUGAUUACGCCAUUGGUCAAUUCCGCUUCCUCACUCGUCUAGUGCUUGUUCAUGGUCGAUGGUCCUACCGCAGACUUGCAGAGACGAUUGCCAACUUCUUCUACAAGAACAUCAUCUGGACGUUCUCUCUCUUCUGGUACCAGAUUUACACCAACUUCGACAGCCAGUAUAUCUUCGACUACACGUACAUUAUCUUCUUCAACUUGGCGUUUACGUCACUCCCUGUUAUCGUCAUGGGUGUUCUGGAUCAGGAUGUCGAUGAUAGAGUAUCUCUGGCCGUUCCACAGCUGUACCGUCGUGGUAUCGAGCGGAAGGAAUGGAGCCAGCCGAAGUUCUGGGCUUACAUGGUCGACGGUAUCUACCAAUCCGCGGUCGCUUUCUUCUUCUUGUAUGAGAUCUUUGCACCCGCUACUUUCGCGACUUCCAACGGACUGGACCUGGCUGAAUUCCGACGCAUGGGUAUCUAUGCUGCGACUACCGCCGUUUGCGCUGCCAACAUUUACGUGUUGUACAACACCUACCGUUGGGAUUGGCUCAUGGUCCUCAUCGUCGUCAUCAGUACUCUCUUCAUCUGGUUCUGGACCGGAGUGUACACCUCCUUCACAUCGAGUGCUCAGUUCUACAAAGCUGGUGCCGAAGCAUAUGGUACUCUUAAUUUCUGGGCUUACGUCCUCUGCGCUACGAUAGCUUGUUUACUUCCGCGCUUCAUUUUCAAGGUUGUGCAGAAAAUGUACUUCCCCCUCGACGCGGACAUCAUCCGAGAGCAAGUCAAGCAAGGUAAAUUCGACUACCUUAGAGACACUGACGCCUACCUUCCUCCACCGCCCGAGAAGGUGGCUGGUGAGUCAGACUCUAACAAGUCGGAACCCGACGCUACAAAGUACAAAGCCGCUAACGCCGAUGCUACCGAUGAAGACGUGCGUCCCAUCUAUCCACCAUCAGUCGCCCCGACGGCUACGACGCAUAACCCAAGAAGUCAAAAUGGCAGUAAUAGCACCGACUACACCUUCCGCCGCUCUACGGAAGGUCUUCCACCCGCACCCACAACGGAAGCUCCUCCUCCUCUCGCCCACCGUAUGUCGACCGAUUAUCGUGUGCGACCGAGCUUCGAUCGUGCACGCAUGUCUAUGGACCGUGUACGCCCUAGUUUCGAGCAAAGCAACGACUUUACAUCGGCAGCUAUGUUGACGCGACUUGAGUCUUCGCAUAGCCGUAACAGCUUCCAAGGCCACCGGAACAGCUACCAACAUGGCACUCCCAAUACACAGCCAGCGGUCAUGAGCCGGUUACGCAACGCGAUACGGAGAGCAACAAUAACACGGGACGAGGCCCCGGAACAUCUUCGUCAGGAUCAAGAAGAUGUACCGGACGUGCCCGCAGUGCCCAAGAGCCCACCACGGAGUCCACGAAGUCCAAGGAGCCCGCCCAGGUAG